AGCUAUAAAUAAGUAUUAAUUGGAAAGUGGUUAGGGAAGCUUUUCUCUGAUCUCUAGCAGGAAACUAUUAACGCAAGAAAUUUUACGAAGAAAGAAAAAGAAAAAAAGCGCAUUGCAAUGAUUUUAAUUUUAAUUAAACUUCAAGAUUUCCGGUCGCGUCAAAAGAAACUUGACUCGAACGUUAAUUGCCAAAAAGAUAAAGAAAAGGAAUAAGAAGAAAAAAUGAAGAUGGCGGGAGAAAAAUUGAAGUGAGAUAAAGAUGAAGAUGUAGACGAAGAUCGAGAUAAAAAGAUGGCAGCCUCGGGAUACUUGGAAGUAUCCCCGCAGCUUGGUUAAUCCUGACGUUGCUGGUGCUCCUGGUUUACCUGGUAACGAGAUGCUGCGACCGGAAGCCGCGCCCCAGGAGGUCGAUAACCCUGCUGAAGUGUUCGCUGGCCAUCCUGGCGUUGCUUUGCAGUGGAGCUGUUGCCGUCGGCCUCUACGGUAACGACGAUGUGCACAACGGUUUGGUGCAAUUGGUGGCCGCCGCGAUGAACGUCGAUGGUAUUCUCAUGGGUGUACGGAAUCAGACCGACACCAUCGAGCUUAUAUUAAAAAAGAAGAUACAGCCACAAUUGACUGCCUUGGGAGAUGAAUUCGAUGCCCCUGUCAGCAAUAAAACCAUGCUCGGCUUGCUGUUGACUGCGCUGCAGAGCAUGAAGCAGAACACGAACAUCGCCGUGAACCGGAGCUUCGAAAUUCGAAAACCGCUGAGUGGAAUCAGCCUGGCCGGCGCAAUCGGGAUGGCAGUGAAAAUAGAGCAAUUAAGGUGGCCCAUCACUAUGGCCGUUCUCAGCGCGCUUCUCGUUCUCUGCGUGGUGCUAGUCGUCGGAGUUGCACGACAUUCCAGAUGCGUUCUCAUAACAUUCUCCGUAUUCGGUCUAUUUGCAGUGAUAGUUUCUUGGCUGAUGGCUUCACUGUAUCUCGCGACUUCAGUGGCCUUAGGUGAUCUCUGCGUGUCCCCAGAUGGUUAUUUAACCAGAGCGGUACCGUCCACCCUAGCCUCCGAAGUUCUUUCAUAUUAUACGCAUUGCGAGAAUACACGCAGCAAUCCAUUCAGUCAUAAAUUAAACGAUGGCCAAAUCGCAGCCAGCAAUAUGAAAGAGAAUAUGAAUACUGUGACCAGGUUGGCAUUAGAAUUGUUUAAGGAACAACAAUUACAACCAAAACUGAAUAGCCUUUCGAUCGACGUGAACACUGUGAGCAAGCUUAUGUCAGGCUUGACCACUUUAUUUGAUUGCAAGCCACUUCAUAAACAAUAUGUUCAUGCCGCGAAGAGCUUGUGUCAUUUAGGAUUAUAUGGAUUAACCUUUAUGCUAUUGGCCAGCCUAGCCGCAGGAUUGUUCUUCACAGUAUUAGUAGGAGUGGACUCUCAUACUUGGAUCUACAUUCGAAAACGAAGAGAUUACCAUCAAGUUGACGAGCAGGAUCCUUAUCUACCGCCAUCGGCAGCCUCACAGGCGAUAGCAGCUAGAACCCUUCGAGGCCAAGGGUCGUACCCGCCUACAGCCCCUUCUGUAUUUUAUCCGAAUGCUCAUGGCACUCAAAAUACCAUUAAGCAGCCUCUCUUGCUAACGCCGCCCCCGCCGUCCUACGCUACUGCGACUGCUCGAGCACGUCAGCUGCACGAGAGCAUGUUAAAAGGUGGGGGUAUUAACGGGAGCGGAGGAGGAGGGGAUCACAAAUCGUCUCAGCAUAAUCAGCAAUCGACAGGUGGACGAGCUGAGCACCGUUCUGGGCUCGGAGAUCAACCUGGCCAGUACGCGACUUUGAGCAAGCAAUGCAAAACUCUUGAAUCUAGUGACUUUUACUGAGGGCACGCCCCCGCAGGGCCCGGUAGAGAACCACCUUGGACACCAAGUGUGGCGUCCUUCACCGGUACCCUGUCUCACAAUUCUCAUGGACCUGCUCAUCUGGCAACUUUCCAAGAUUCUCGCAAAACACAGACUCUAGACCCAAAAAAUCUAGCGAAUCUUAAAAGAGGUCCGACUCCUGCUUGGAAUCAGAAUCGUCCAUUACCACCAAAUCCUAGCAGUCAACCAACUUGGGAAUUUGAGUCUCGUUCGCAGACUAAUAUGAAUCAAUUUCGAUCCCUGGUACGAAAUAAGACACCAAACAUUCGGAUUCAAGACCAAGUGCAAGAUCAAGUACGAACGCUGGAUAGAAAUUUCACCAGAAAUCAAUUCAAUGGUACUACGCAAAAUAAUGCGGUACCAAAUAUGUAUGGAACGUAUAAUCGAGCACAAUCGAGACAAGAAAACAAAUCAACGGUGGCAACGUUGAGUCAAGUACAGGGUAGCGAUCCCAAUUUGUACGCUGUGACGGAAUUGUAAAAUCAAACGUGUACCAAACACAUGAAAACUGCCAUUAUAUAAGAAUUUUGCAAUUCAAUAACAGAUGUAAGCUCAUUGGUAAAUUUUCAUUGAGUGUGUGUAGAAAAUUGAAAAUCGUUAAACAAAAUUAUUCUUUUUAAGAGACUCUUUCUAGAAACCUUUUACAUUUUUUUAAGUAUUAAUGUGCAUAUUUCGAUAUAUGCAUUCUUAUUUGUAUGAUAAACUCGAAGAAAAGUGGCUCAAUCGUUUGGUAACUUUUGAUAAGAAUCAUAAACAUUUAUAUAUGUUUAAUCGUAAGAUUUUACAAAAGGUCGUCAUUUUAUGAGUACAAUUGAUGGAGACUGGAAACUGUAAAGAGUUUUCCUGCAAAGAUAUUCAAAAUUUUGAGGGAAUCAAAAUAAAAAUAAAAAAAAAAGAUGAAGAGAAAAAACAUCUUUUUAUAACUAUAAACAUUUGCACAUUUAAUAUUUCUCAUCAAUUUCACAAAUGAUAAAAAUAAUAAUAUGAAUAAGAUAAGAUAGGGACAAAAUAUAAUUUAAAAUCGAAGAAUUCAUAAUAAAUAGAAUGAUGUUUUCAGCAUUAUAAAAAUUCAUAUUGAAAUCCAAAAACAAUAAAAAGAAGAUAAAGAAGGAAUUUAUUUAUAUUAAUAAUUGAAAAAUAUUUUCAUUAUUAAUAAUUUAAAUAAUACAAAUAUUCAAUAAUACAAUUGAAUAUUCAAAAUAUUAAUGAUAUCACGCAAUGAAGAUAUUGUUAAAAAAUAUUACAUUCAAUAUAAAAUGUUUAUAAUUAUCCUUUUCUUCAAAGAAUUUACUUAUAAAAUUUUUAUACUUCAUUUAUUUCAUUACGAUAUAUUUCAUUUACGAUGAUUUCUUAAUUGAAAUUUUUUAAUUCUAAAUUUUCUCGUUGCUUAUUACUUUUUUCAAUUUUUCUUCAAAUUUGAUAGGGCAAUGUGCCAUAUAAUAUUUCUGUAAUAAUUAAUUCUCUAUAUUUUCUAUAUUCUCUUCGUCGUUUUUUUAAAACACCGCUUAUUAUUUCUCUAUUUUAUUUCCUUAUCUCUUACAAUAAAAUUUUUUGUUUUAGUUUAAAUAUUUUUCUUAAAGUUUUAAUAAUUAUUUUAAAAAUCUUUAUUUUUCUUUUUAUCUUUAUUUUUUUUAUCAAUUAUCUUUUUUGAAAAAUAUGAUAAGGAAUUUCUGAAAUCGUUUCAUAGCUUACAUCUCAUUUCUUGCAUCACCUUAUAAUUUUAUUGAAGUUCGAUAUUCGUAAAAAAAAAAAGAAAAAAGAGAAAACAAUUUUAUAAAAUCCUUUUUUCUUUUAUACUUUCCAUUUUUCUAUUAUAAUUCUAAUAUCUAAUUCUUUUAUUAUAUAGAUUUUUUUAUAAGAAUUUCAAAAUAUUAGUAGAGUAUAAUUCUUUUUUUACUUGAUUUCUCUAAAAUAAAAAUUAAAAUCUGGAAUAUCUUUUAUAUCCAAGAUUUUAUAAUGUAUAUCAUGUAUAAUAAUAAUUAUUAUUAUUAUUUUCCGUUAAUUUAUUCCGUAAAUAAUUAUUGCAUAUAAGUAUGUUAUACAAACUAGAAAGUUGAAACAAAAUCAUCAUUGCCAUAUUUAUUACUGCUUGUUAAUCAUUUGUUUUCAUUAAAAUGACACAAUAUAGCACAAUUAUACACAUAUUAAUAUGUUUAAAUCGCCUAAUAAUAAGAUGCGAAGAAAAUUCAUUCAUUUUUUUAUUCAGCCAUUUUUGAAGAUAUUGAAAAAUUUUUUUUUUUGUUUUUUAUUCGAAUAUUUAAUUUUUAUCAAGAUAAUUUAUGCCAUUAAUUUUUACUCGUGGCCUACUGCAUUCUCUUAAGCAAUCUUUUUAUGCUAAUUGCGUUCUUACUUGCCUACAAAAUCAUUUAACUUAUUAAUAUUUUAGUUACUCUUAAUUCAUCAUAUUAUACUAAUCUAUAGAAGUGACAUUUUUGAAACAACUUUUUAUAUAAAUUAUAAGGCGAUUAUAUCGAAUGCAAUGAUAUUCCACACGACACAACUUUUAUAUACUUUUUUAUACUUUUUAUCGAAGAAAACGCGAAACGAAUUUAUCAUUGAUUUAUCAGUGAAGCAUUUCAGUAAACAUUUUACACGAGAUAUAUAUACAUUGAUAUAAGAAGUUACCGCACGAAUUACAAAACGAAUGAUAUAAAUGCAAAGUAUUCAUAUAACUCGUGAAACACUUUUGAAAAAUUGAUUUUAGAAGCCGAAAUAAACACAAAAUUGGUGUAUAAAUAAAAAUGUUGAUUGAGACUUAUUUAUUAAAUUAAAAUCUCUAUCUCUGUUACCAAUUUACAUUUUUGUGUACCAACUUGUGUUUGCUUUGAAUCUCUAGAAUUUUCAAAAGUUAUUCUGCGAAUAUAUUAAUACUUUGUAUAUAUAUAUAUAUGUAUAUUUAUCAACGUUAAUAUUUAAAGUUCUUAGUGAAACGAUGAGCAUCCGUGAAUUUUUAUCUCGAGAUGCAUCAAUUCGAUUAAGUGAAAUGAAAAAUGUAACAAUAAUCGUCACAAGACGGAAUAAUAAAAAAAAAAGUAAGAAAUUUUGCCAAUACUCAGGCAAGCAUACGUUUUUAAGUACAAACACGUUAAAAGCGCAAGCGUUGUGUACAUCGGAUCUUUUUUCAUUUUUUAUAUGAGACAAAGAUUCUAGGAUCGUCUGAUGUAUCAAUAUUGAGUAUCCAAAAUGCAUUUCGUGUAUGUAUCCUUCGGGUUGAUAAAAUCAGCCUCUUUUUAUGGUAUACUCGAAGGAUAGAUUGAUGAGAAUUCCAAUUAAUAUAAUGACAAUUUAAAUGUUCAAAAUUUGAAAAAAUAAUUUAUCGACAAUUAGAAUAAAUUUAUUAUUGUUUAGAAUUAAUUUAGAAACAAUCUUUUCCCUAUAUAGUAUUCAAAUAUUUAAGAUUUUUUAUCUUCAAAGAGGAAUAUUAUUAUUCUACAAGCGGCAUUCUCAUCAAUCUCAACGAAGUUUUCAUAAUCGGUAUUUUUUCAGCCGAAUAGAAGAAAGAAAAAAUCGAGAUUGAAUUAUAGAUGCGGAGCGCAAAGUCUUCCUGUCACGGUUAUAUGUACCCCUCAUGGAAGGGGUUCAAAACAAGUUUAUGAAAUAUCUGCAACGAACCAGCGGACGGCUUUAUAUUCCGCAUCCUAUUCAGCGAAAAAAGUGUGUAAAUAGGGGAUAAUAUUAAUAAGUGUAAGAUUGUCGAGGAAAUGUGACAAUGAACAAAAAAAGAAAAAAAAAAACAUUAAAAAGAAGAAAUAAGAUGUACGUGUGAUAUAACUUGAAUUUAGAUGUUACAAAUUUUACACAGAGAUACCGUUCUCCUCUACCGUUUUCGUUUUUCCAAUAAUUAUUUUUUUUCUUAACUAAAGAAAUGAAGAAGAGCAAUGAAAGAAAGAGGCGCUAUAGCUAAAAAAAUUUUUUAUUAUUCGUUUAUUAUCGUCUUCACAAUAUUAAAGAUAUUUAGAAAGACAAGAGAAUACAAUUUUAUGUUCACUAUUUGCAACGAGCAUGGAAACGGUGUAGGUAGAAAAAGCAUGAUUAGGUAUAAACACGUUUGAUCAUUGUACAUAGUUGUAAUAUUUAUUAAAGUGAAAAGAAAAUGGAGCGAUCAUAGCGCAUUUUAGAACAUAGCGAUACAUAGAUUUAGCUGUUAAUUGAAUAUAAUCUUAAGAUCAAAUCGACGAACGAGACCGGAAACGAAAUAGAAACAGAAUAGAGAAAGAGAGAGAGAAAGAGAGAGAGAAAAAGAGUGCGUGCGUGCGUGCGUGUGCGUAUUUCGUUUCCUUGAAUUUAUCGAAGAAGAGAAAUAUCCUAGUCAGUAAAAAAAAAGGUUUUUCUUUUCGACUUUGUCCGCAAUUACACAUGACAGAGUUUCUUGCCAAAUUUUCUCACGCAGCUCAAUUUUUCGAACAUUUUUUAUAGGAAAGUUCGCUAUUUCUUGAAAUAUUGUAUUUCGCUAUCUUAUUGCUAAUUAAUUAUUAAUGAUGAAGUGUUUAACUGGUAGGGGAAAAUCUUUGGAUUCGAAUUAAUUCGAAUUAAUUUUCCCCACUAUUUUUAGAUUUUAAGUAAACUUGGUAAUCUCGAAUAUUUGACGCGGAAUAUGAGUCGAUGUUGACAUGGUUUACAAUAUCCCUUCUAAGUCUCAAUUGAUAUGGUGGGAUCGAUUAAUAAAUAACUUUUUAUAUUUUAUAUUUAUAGAGAAGGAGACUUUUAUAUAGCAGUAUAUAGCAAUAUAUGUUUUCUUUUCUUCCUUAUAUUCUCUUUUAUAUUCUCUUAUAUUCUAUUUUCUAAAUGCAAUAAUUUAUUAAUUAAUAAAAAAAUGUUUUGUAAUAAUCAAUAAAUAUAUAAUAUAAUCAAAUAAUUUUAAAAUAAAAUUGAUUUGUAUCCAUGUAUUUGAUUCCAUUGUAUCAAUAUUGAGAAAAGUGAAUAUUAUUUUAAAAUUUAAUAUAAUACAAGUAAUAAAAAUAUAUAUAAUUUUUAGUAAUCAGUAGGGAGCAAUGAAAAAAACAAUAUUAAGGGAUACUAUAAACACGGUCAACGUGAAAUAGUUGAAAGAAAAACCUUGAACUUUCGUCUCUGUCGUUCAAGACUGUUAAAGAAACGCGCAAACGGGAUCAAUACAGUAUUCUCCGAAUUUACAAAAAUUCUUCUAAAAAGAUGUUAUUAACAAUCCAAGGCAUAUAAAGAGGAUUGUAUUAUAAAAGAAAAAAUUAUCUUGCACAGAAAAUAUAUUUUCAAAUGUUCGAUUUGCAAUUUGAUAUAAAAAUCUGAGAAUUCUCAUCCUUAAAGAAAAGAAGAAAAACGAUCAAUACAAAUUCACGAAAGAGAUUGGAAAUAUCGAUAAAUUCUAAAUAUAUAUAGAAUCUAAAAGAUUCUUGAUAGAACUUUGAUUUUAAUUAUUUGUCAAUUUAUAUCAUCUUAUCGAACAAAAAUCUGUGCGAGAUGAAAUUGAAAACUACUUUUUCCGAUGAGUACAACUACAUUUCAUUUUUGCAUGAUUUUGAUAUGGUAAUUGCAUGAAAAAUGAAAAAAGAGGGAAAGACAGAGAUAGAGAGAAAAUAUGUAUGUAUGCGAAUGUGUGUGUGUAUGAUAAAAAAGAAGGAGAGAGAAAAUUAAUUAUUUUCAGAAGCGCUAAUAUAAGGGAGAGUAGGAUAAAGCAGAAUACUGAAUAUAUCUUUUAUUCUAACAAAAAAAUAAAAGAUAAAAAGAAUCCUACACAACAUAAAAGAAACAAUCAUAUAAAAUUAGUUUUUUUAAUAAAAAAAAUUUUUGUUUUUAGUAUUUAAAAAUUAAUUAAAAAAGUUAUUUUUAUUUACUUAACAUUUUAAAAUGUUGUAUUCUUCACUAUUAACAUUGAUUAAAAUUUUUUACAAAAAAAUUACCAUACGUCAAUUCAUAUAUUAUAUAUUAUAAAACAAAUUGAAAUUAAUUCAUAUAUGCCAUGCAUUUUAAUUGCAUAUCAUAGUUCUUAUCAUGAAAAAAUAUGGAUACUCUAUUUGAUUUACAUAAAUAUUUAUCUCAGCUUUAUCCAACUUUUCCUUAUAUAUAUAUAUAUAUAUAUGAGAUGGAAAUGUACGGAUAUAGAACGUAAAAAGUUUCUCUAAUUGGUGCAUUGGUCUGGCCUAUAAAACUUUUUCAUUAAUUUAAUUAAAAAUGUUUAAAAGUUAGAUAAUAAGAGGAAAAAAUAAAUGAAAUCUCAAGAUUAUUGAACAAAAUGCUUCGAUUAUCGCAAAAGCUAAUUUUUCGAAACUGAUUUCAUAAUGAAUAUUCAAAUUUCGUUAAUCAAUUCUUAAAAAAUAACGCUUCCAAACGAUGUAAAUAUGUCCUACUGGUAUGUGCGUAUUUUCUUUACACAAAAUAUUUUAAUGAUAGUUUCAAUAAAUUUAAAAAUAAAAAAAUAAAUAUUAAUAUACUUUUGUUUUAAAAAAAUUCAUUUAAUUAAAAUUGAAAUUUCUUAAAGUUAUAUUUAUGUAAAUUUAAAUAAGAAUUGUUAUUUCGAAUAAUCACAGAAAUCUAAAAAUCUCUUUUAUUUUAAUCUCAUUUGAAAUAUACAUCAGAUGAAUUCAUUUUGUAUAAUAGACUAUACAGCGUGUAAGAUUUCAUAAAUCAAAUUUUUAUAAUAAAUAUAAAAUUAUGCAUUAACUUCUGAAAUAUUUCUCAUCUAUUGAAUAUUGAAGCACUUAAUUGAUUAAUAACGUAUAGUAAAUUAUCGUUUUAUAUCUCAUAUUCUCUCAAAAUCGAUCCAUUGAAAAAAUUGACUACAAAUUACACACUAUAUAGUUUAAGAUACAUAUAUACUUUAUCAAAAACAACAAAUUUGCGAUCGUUAUAUAUACAUCAAUAAAUAAAUUCAUUCAUUUAACCAAAAAAAGAAAGUGUAACUGAGAUCUUUGAGUCUUUAAAUAUUAAUUCGCAAAAGUAGAGAUAUUAUUCUUUGCUUUUUCAUUUUUUCUCUCUCGACGUGUAAAAGACAUUUAUUCACAAAGUGUGCAGAGGCUAUCAAGAUUUUGUGUAAGAUUUCUAUGGUGUUUUUGUACGCGCAGAAAAAAGCAUUUUCAAGCGUGUAUUAUAAAAAGAAUUCUUUAAGAGGCAUAUAUAAGAGUAAAAUGAAACUCGUUAAUCGAUACUGUUUUUGUGCAUUGCGAAUUACGUCUAAUUGCCAUAUUCCAGACUUAAUUCCUCCUAUUGUAAUGGUAACACAAAUAUUAAGAAAAAAAAAAAAUAAAAAAACAUAAGAUCCA